GGAUGAAAACCUGUAUAAUAUUAAUACUAAUAUCCUGUAUUAACUGUUUACAUCUGAGAAAAGAGGCAGAGGAAGACGAUGUGAAAGGGAGGAUGCUGGGUUUAGAUACUGGAAACCCAGAUGCAGAUAGUGAAGCAGAAAUGUGGAUUAUGGCAUUAAUAGGUGCUAUGGCUGCAGCUAUUCCUGUGGCUUUUCUUUCUCCCGGACUGGGGUUUAGAAGAAGAAGAUCUAUUGACCCUGAAGAAGAGUCCGAAAAUUUAGACAUUGUAAGCUCCAUAGAAAAUAUGAAUGAAAAAAUAAAUAAAUUGUAUUAAUUUUUAAA